AUGGCGCGCGGCGGGCGUGGCGGUGCGAGCCGAGGCAUCGUCGUGCGGCAUGGGGCGGCGUGCGCCACCCUCGCCACGGUCGACGAAGCUGCGGAGCUCAUGUCCGCGCUGCUGGUGCGCCAGGCGCAGCGUGUGCUCGGCGCAGCUGCAGAGGUUGUGGCCACGCUGGGCGAGGCAACGCUGGCCAAGGGCCUCCAGGCAUCCGGGCGGAGCCGAAGCGGCGCUCGAAGAGGCGCGAAGUGGAUGGCUGGAGGUGCUGGCACUCGAAAGUUCGAGGGCAAGCAGAACGAGCUGAACACCAUCGUCGACGACACAAUUGAGGACGGUGGCAACGCGUACAUCGAGAAGGAGGUGCACGACACCCUCCCCUGUGUGGACGGGCCACUGCGGGCUGACGACUGCCAGGUCGACGGCAAGCGGAACGAGGUGGAGGGCAUCACCAACCCCAUCACGAUGAAGGCAAACGAGAAGGUCGAGGUCAACAUCGGGAAGGUCGAUGGCAGGCGGAAGGUGCUGGAGGACAUCGGCAACCCCGUCGCGAUGAAGACAAUCGGGUGUGAAGUGAUCGAGGCGACGUUGGAGGCGCAGCAGGGCAGCGUCAACCUUUGCCUCAGCAUAUGCGCAACCCUGCAGGAGGAUAAGCUGCAGGACAAAUUCAAGGACGACGCUGGCACUCGCACAAUCGAGGGCAAGCAAGAAGACCUGGACACCAUCGCCAACGUUACCUUAGAGGGCGGCGGCCAGGCGGGCGUGGAGGCUCUCUUCGAGGAGCGCGAGGGCAUGCCGAAGGAGCAGGAGGGCGUCAACCACGCUACGAUGGUGGCGUACCAGGCAGAGGUCGGCGAGGGCGCUUCUGAGGAGAAGACCGAAAACGCGGUGCACGGUGUCCUCGACGGGGCGGAGCGGGAGGGCAUCGUCAACCCCAUCACGAUGAAGGUGGGCGACCGCGUGCGCAUCACGAAGGGACAGAACGCAGGGGGCGGUGGCAGCGUCCUCAGCGCAGGCGACACCAUCGUGCGCGUUCGUCUCGACGGAGCUGGCGCUGGGCGACAUGGGGUUGCCUACGAGCCACGCGACAACGUCGAGAUGGAGGCCGAGGAGCUGCGCCGCGCGGUGCGGACGCUGCGGCAGCCGAGGCGGUAG